GUGCGCUUCUUCUCAUCAGUAUUUGAACAGCUGGCUCUAGUAUUACCAUCCUUAUGCAAAGUACAUCCAAGGCAGAGGGUUAGCAUACAGGACAGACUACCGCUAUGCUGUGAAUUUAACAUGUACAUUGGUCCAGGUAUGUACUGGAAUCUUAAGAGCACUGCCAGCAUGAGAAAGAUGAUGCAGCGUGAUGCUCAGGAGUGGAAAAGGCAGCAAAAAAAGGCAAAGUAGAUUUGUUUAGUGACCUAGCGGUGUGUAUGGCUAGAUGAUCAUCCCACUUACAUAGAAGUUCAUCUGGAAGAACUCCCUGGAAGUCGGUGAUUCUCCUCUGCAUUGAAUCUGCUGGUAAACAGAAUCUGGCUGUUAGCUUGAAGUAGCACUAGAUCUGAGCCUUGACGUGAAGGCAUUGACAAUAGCAUCUGCAGCGACCGUGCACUUCAGCUUUAAUAAUAGUGUUAAACAGGCAGAACUUGACUAAAGAUCAAAAUCAAGAGAGAUGGCCAUCAACUGGAAGACCUGCUUCUUCACUUUCACGUUGCUUCCUCUGGUCACAGCAACACACUCCAACUGUAUCAUUAAAAAGGAGCAAGAGACUUGUCUGGAGAAGAUACGAAGGGCAGCUGCCCUGAACCCUCUCAAUGACUCUUCUCCUGGUUGCCCAGGAAUGUGGGACAACAUCACAUGCUGGAAACCUGCAAGUGUGGGUGAAAUCGUCUUUGUCAAGUGCCCUGCGCUGUUCAGAUUUAUCAUCUCCGAAGACGGUUGGGAAGUAGAUAACUUGGGACAAACUCAUGCAGGUGAUUAUGACCUGCUGGAAAGCACAGCCCAGUCUCCCAUAGGGGACAUCAGCAGAAAUUGCACUGAAGAUGGCUGGUCUGAACCUUUUCCUCAUUAUUAUGAUGCCUGUGGCUUUGAUGAAAAUGAAACAGAGUCUGAUAACCAGGAUUAUUACUAUCUAUCCGUGAAGGCUCUGUACACAGUGGGAUAUAGCACUUCCCUUGUUUCCCUCACCACUGCGAUGGUUAUCCUGUGCCGUUUCAGAAAGCUUCACUGCACUCGGAACUUCAUUCACAUGAACCUCUUUGUGUCAUUUAUCCUACGAGCAAUAUCCGUAUUCAUUAAAGAUGGGGUUCUUUAUGCUGAACAGGAUGGUAACCAUUGUUUUAUCUCAACCGUGGAAUGUAAAGCUGUCAUGGUCUUUUUUCACUACUGUGUCAUGUCCAACUAUUUCUGGCUAUUCAUUGAGGGAUUGUACCUUUUCACUCUACUGGUGGAAACCUUUUUCCCAGAGAGGAGAUAUUUCUACUGGUAUACUAUUAUUGGCUGGGGCACCCCAACAAUUUGUGUCACUGUCUGGGCAGUGCUGAGACUUCACUUUGAUGAUACUGGCUGCUGGGACAUGAAUGACAACACUGCCUUAUGGUGGGUGAUCAAAGGUCCUGUGGUUGGAUCAAUCAUGAUAAACUUUGUGCUUUUUAUUGGCAUAAUUGUGAUACUCGUGCAGAAACUCCAGUCGCCUGAUAUUGGGGGCAAUGAAUCCAGCAUUUACUUCACCCUCCCUCUUCCUCCCAGAGGCAGCUGCAGUCCAUGCACAGGACACAUGCGCAGCUGCGUUCAGAAAUGCUACUGUAAGCCUAAGAGGGCUAACCAGCAUUCUUGCAAGAUGUCAGAACUAUCAACCAUUACCCUGAGACUGGCUCGCUCUACGCUACUGCUUAUCCCCUUGUUUGGAAUUCACUACACGGUGUUUGCUUUUUCUCCUGAAAAUGUCAGUAAGCGGGAGAGACUAGUGUUUGAAUUGGGACUGGGAUCUUUCCAGGGUUUUGUUGUUGCUGUUCUCUAUUGUUUCUUGAAUGGGGAGUUUCUCCCUAAAGGUGCAAUCAGAAAUAAAGAGAAAAUGGAGGAGCUGGAAAGUCAACCGGUAUUUUGCUGUGGAUUUCAAACACCGUCAUCCUUCUCUAGCGAGCAGCGGAGUGAACGGGGGGACACAACUCUCCAUUCUGAGCAAGAGCAGCUCUCAGAUUCGGAUGUCCAGCAUAAAUGCGGAGAAUCUAGCGACAUGAGCAGCUAAGGAAAAUGAAUCAAUCAACAAACAAACCAAAAAACCAUCCCUUUAAAAAGAAAAUAAAAUCAUAGUUUUCAUGGUGG